AUGUAUCUAGAACCUCUAGAACAGCGCAUAGAUGGCCUCGAGAAAAGUGUCAGCAAAAUCGAGGAUAUUCUCAGCAAAACCCUCAGACGCCCCCCAUCGCCUUCAGCUAACGAAGAAAUCGCUAUACCAGCGUUUAAGAGGCCCUCGUUUGAGGCCAGGGCGGGCCGCUACGAAUACCGACCACUAGACUCGGCUGUCACCGAAAUCAGGAUCCUCGUCGUGUACAGCAGCUCGGAUGAUCAAGAUCCGAUCAAUUGUGAGCUACUACGUGCAAGUCUUAACAGCAACUCUUUGAAGGAUCCCGCAAGCCGAUCGUCUGUAGCGAUUACAUAG